GUAAAGAAAUCUGUUGGCUUUGGGCUCUCUUCGAAACAGAGAAAAGACUAGUAAACUCGCUGUCAACUCCCUCGCUCCGGAACUGCUCUAAGAUUCUGCCGCCGCCGAUCAGCAACUUUCCCCCCUUACUCCGGCGGCGAUCGAGUUUCUGAGAAAAGAAACAGAGGGAAGAUGGAAACCUCCGAGACUGAAAGGAUCGUGAUGGAGGAUUUGGAUGGUGGCUUCGUCCUUGUUGAUUUCGAAGAAACUCUUGCGGCAAACGACGGAAAUCAUGAGGAAUUGCUGUCUGAUGACGACGACGACGAAUUGAGCUACACCAACUCUGUUACUCUGACGAUCACCCCUGAAUUUCCAAGGAAGAGAUGGGCAGUGAACAUCCCACCAAGGGAACAACGAAUCAAGGACGUAAUCAAACUCCUUGUCCUCACAUAUCUGCCUGCCAAGUCAGUCUGCAGAUUCAGAGCCGUGUCCAGAGACUGGAACAGCUGGAUAUCCGCGCCAUUCUUCGCCCACGAGCAAUCGCUUCGCUUCACCAAAACCUCCGGCCUCUUCUCCCAGUUCCCAGGAGAAAACCCAUCCUUCACCGCCCUCGAUUGGCGCUCCUCUGGGGUUCCAAUUCCAUCCCUCAGCUUCUUGCCAGAAAGAGUCGAGGUUCGAGCCACCAAUGGCGGCUUGCUCUGCUGCAGAAGCCAUCUAGGGUUUUACUACAUCUGCAACCCAGCCACCAAGCAAUGGACCAAGCUUCCGGAGCCGAAUAUGUACCACGGACCCGAGACAGCUCUGGGGCUCACCUUCGAGCCUUCUCCAUCCAGCUACUCUGCAAACUACCAGCUCGUUUCUGCUGUUGUGGCCGCCAAGUCCUCGGCAAUUGAUGAUGACGAUGAGGAUCGUCUCGUGGUGGUCUCGUUCGAGGUCUACUCCUCGAGGUCCGGCGAAUGGAGGGUGUGCGAUGCAAUGUACUGCGAUGGCGAUUUGGGGAACCCUGAGUUCGUCGGGGACGGGUUGUACUUGAAUGGGUUUGUGCAUUGGGAGACUGGAAGUGGUAAAGUUCUCACCUUUGAUGUGAAGAACGAAGACUGUGGCGUAAUCAAUCUGCCACUCGGCCAUGGCCCUCAGGGUUCGUUGGGGGUUAUGAACGGAGAGCUGUGCUACCUUUUGCCGAGUAUUCGCGGCGGGGAGGUGGACGUAGAAGAAGAAGGAGAUGGUGCCCUCGAGGAGGUCUGGUCGCCGGUGAUUGAAGUGUAUGGAGAUAUGGACAUGAAGCUGAAGCGUGUGAUCAAUGUGAACUGUGGUGCAGGGGAGUUCUGUGGCAGAGCUUUGGCUCUCGUUGGCGACAAGGUAGCGAUUGCAGUUUUUGGGAACAAGGUUGUGGCUUAUGAUGUGGAAGCUGAGAAGGGGGAAUGGAUUGGGAAUGCGAGGGAAGAUGGGUUUGAGAAGUUUCUGCCGUAUGUGAACAGCCUGGUGGAUGUAAAGGUUGCUGGAUCUGGAGAUAUGGUUUGUGCUUGGUAAAGAGGAUUAGUCUGUGGGAGACGCAUUAGGAAGGAUUAGUCUGUUGACUCGAUAGUAUGGAGUAAGAGCCAUUUUGGACAUAAGUUGAUUGAAUCCAGGGUUGAAUGUGAUGGAUGCAUAGUUUGAUUUGGUUUUAACUUUUCAAUUUCUAAGGUUUUGGUACUUGGAUUUUGAUUCCAUUCCUUGUAAAUAAAUAAGUCAAUUGGCUGAUUGGGAUGAAAUGAGGUUCAUAUAAAUUUCGUUUAUGAUAUUUUUUUA